UCCACACAUUAUAUAUGGAAGGGAACGUCGAGCGUGAGGAUUCCGAAUCAGUUUUUGUUGUGUUGCGUUGCGAUUCUGGAAUCUAUAACCUAAUCGAACCCCAAUUUCGCCGGCGAAAUGGGAUCAAUCGGAGUACUCCUCGUGGCUAACGUGAUGCCAUACCUGGAGCAGGAGCUCGACAAGCGCUACAAGCUGUUCCGCGCAUGGGAUUACCCGAACGUGGCGCAGCUGCCGAGUCAGCACGUCACCGCGAUCCGCGCGGUGGUCGGAAACGCGAGCGCUGGCGCGGACGCGGCGCUGAUCGAGGCGCUGCCGAAGCUGGAGAUCGUGUCGAGCUUCAGCGUGGGAGUGGAUAAGGUUGACGUGGAGAAGUGCAGAGAGAAGGGGAUUCGCGUGACGUACACGCCUGAAGUGUUGACCGACGAGGUUGCGGACCUCGCUAUUGGCUUGAUGCUGGCAGUCCUCAGGAGAAUCUGCGAGAGUGAUCGCUUUGUCAGGAGCGGCCAGUGGAAGCGCGGUGACUACAAGUUGACCACUAAGUAACGCGAUUUUGAGCAAUGUUAUCUUCACACAUUAUAUAUGGAAGAAAACGUCGAGCGUGAGGAUUCCGAAUCAGUCUUUGUUGGGUUGCGUUGCGUU